AGCGUUUUUUCUUUCUUUCUCCUUCUUGCAUUAAAUUCAGCUCUGGCCUUUAAAUCUUGCAUAUUCAAGCUGAGAAUCACUUGCACACUCACAAUCAAUUCUACUCCGGACUUCAAACCAAACAUUUUAUGCUAAUCUAAGGGUAAAACUGGAUUGAAAAGGAAGAGCUUCCUCACAAGAAACUUCUACAGAGAUCUCUGUUCAGUUUUCGUGCGGGUUAAGGUCAGCCACUACUUCCAGCACUACUUCUUUUAUCUAUUAUCUAUUGUUAGAAACUAUUUCCAUUUUCAACUUAACAAAACAAAUACUUUGGAUGUUCAGAGAUUUUCUAUGGUGACCUCGUGUAUUUUACAACAUGAUUUGGUUAUUGGGUUCUUGAGUUUUUGGUAUACUUUGUCCUAUGAACAAACAAGUUUUUUUAGUACACCUAUUUAUUUGAUGUCAUUUUAAGUAAUUAGUUUUGAUAGAAAGCUUUGUCCAUCAUGGCAGAAAUGGCGAGUUUUUGUGAUUUGCCAAGUGAAAUAGUGGAGAAAAUCAUGUUGUGGGUACCUGCCGAUUCUCUAGUGCAAUAUAAAUCUGUGAACAAGUUUUGGUAUUCCCUUAUCUCGGCUUUCAUCAAUGACCCGGAAUUUGUAGCCAAGCAUCUCCUUAUUACCAAAAACCAGUCCUCUACAUCCUUAUUUUUCAGACGGCCUUCCCCACAUGACGAUACUUACUUAAUCACAUACCCAUUGUUGACAAUAAUCUAUGAUGAGAACAAUCAUUUUAUAACUGUCACAGAAGCCUUUAGUGUACCACUUAUUCGUAAUGAGAGGUGCAAGGACAUGAAUCGAACGUAUGAGGUUUAUCACUGUGAUGGACUCAUUUUGCUAAUAAAUGAUGUUGGGACAAUGAUGUUAUGUAAUCCUGCUUUGAAAGAAUUCAUGAUUCUCCCAGAACCAAAGAACGUUAAAACUGAAGGGCCUUAUCCUGAUAUAGGAUUUGAACUUGACUCUAUAUACAAUGAUUACAAAUGUGUAGCCAUUUGGCGUAGUGUCAAAUACAAAGUUGAGGUAUACACAGUGGUUUCUGAUUCUUGGAGAGAGAUCAACAUGUCUCAAGGCAUAAUGGAUGCUAUCUCGAAUGCUGUACUAUGCGAUGGUUUAUGUUGGGGAGGUGUUUGUUUCUGGUUUGUGGCAUAUGGUGGUGUAUAUGAAAAUAUUCUUAGUUUCAAUAUGAGCAAUUGGGUCAUUACAAGCAAUGAGGAAUUCCAUCUCAUAGAUUUGCCAGAUGUUGAAGAUUUGGCCCUUGACUCUAAUUAUUCUCUCCGGUUUUCAGUGUGGAAUGAUUCAGUUGUGAUUUGUUUGACCCCCGAUGACAACAUCUUUAUCUUCACGAUGGAUGAAGCCGUAGCAGUUUCUUUUUCUGUGAACAACAGCAAUGCUUCAAUUCAAAUUCUGACUAGGUCCAACUAUAAGAAGUGGAAACGAGAUGUGGAUUUUAGUUUGGGAAUCAUGGACUUGGACCUAUGCAUGCGUGAUGAUCAACCUGCUACUCUUAUUGAUGCGAGCACUACUGCCCAGAGAACUCUCCAUGCACAAUGGGAAAAAGUUUUAACUAAUGUGGGAAAAUUGUAUAACAUUGGUGAGAAUGCUAAAACUGGAUCUCUUAUGGAUGAGAUUCAAACCAUCAAGUAUGAUGAAACUAAAGGAGUGAAGGACUUCAUUCUGAAAAUUGUCAAUGAUCAGUCAAAGCUAAAAGAUCGUAAGAUUUCUCUACCUAAUUCUUAUAUUAUUCAUCAUGCUCUCAAUGCUCUUCCUGCAUCUUUCAGUCUUAUUAAGACAUCCUACAACACUUAUAAUAAACAUGGAGCAUAA